CGGUGCUGGGGCGGCGGGAGAGGGGUAGAGGGCAGCGAGGUGGAAGACGGGGAGGACCCCCUGCAGGGCCAGCGAGACUCGGAGACCAGAGACCCUCCUCGAGAAAUCUGAGAUUCGGGGCGCCAGCGUAUUUCCUUGCCCUCGCCGGGAGCGCGAGCAGGGGUUGCCCCAUGGCGGGAACUCCGGGCCGCGAUCCUUGGGGGACCCCUGGGAUUUGUUACCUUUUUGGCCCCCUGCUCGCCGGACUGCUCUUCCCCUGGGCUGCCGCCUUCAACCUGGACGUGAUGGGCGCCCUCCGCAAGGAGGGCGAGCCGGGGAGCCUCUUUGGCUUCUCGGUGGCCCUGCACCGGCAGCUGCAGCCCCGACCCCAGAGCUGGCUGCUGGUGGGCGCACCCCAGGCUUUGGCCCUGCCAGGGCAGCAGGCAAAUCGCACUGGAGGUCUCUUCGCUUGCCCCCUGAGCCUGGAAGAGGCUGACUGCUACAGAGUGGACAUCGACCGCGGAGCUGAUGUGCAGAAGGAGAGCAAGGAGAACCAGUGGCUGGGAGUCAGUGUUCGGAGUCAGGGGCCUGGGGGCAAGAUUGUUACCUGUGCACACCGAUACGAGUCGCGGCAGCGUGUAGACCAGAUCCUGGAGACGAGGGACGUGAUUGGCCGCUGCUUUGUGCUAAGCCAGGACCUGGCCAUCCGAGACGAGCUGGACGGUGGGGAGUGGAAGUUCUGUGAGGGACGCCCCCAGGGACACGAACAAUUCGGCUUCUGCCAGCAGGGCACGGCGGCUGCCUUCUCCCCCGACAGCCACUAUCUCCUCUUUGGGGCCCCAGGAACCUAUAACUGGAAGGGCACGGCCAGGGUGGAGCUCUGCGUGCAGGGCUCGGCGGACCUGGCACACCUGGACGACGGGCCCUACGAGGCGGGGGGGGAGAAGGAGCAGGACCCCCGCCUCAUCCCGGUCCCUGCCAACAGCUACCUUGGGUUGCUCUUUGUGACCAACAUUGAUAGCUCAGACCCUGACCAGCUGGUGUAUAAAACUUUGGACCCUGCUGACCGGCUCCCGGGACUGGCCGGCGACUUGGCCCUGAAUAGCUACUUAGGUUUCUCCAUCGACUCUGGGAAGGGGCUGCUGCGAGCUGAGGAGCUGAGCUUCGUGGCAGGGGCCCCCCGUGCCAACCACAAGGGUGCCGUGGUCAUUCUGCGCAAAGACAGCGCCAGCCGCCUGGUGCCGGAAGUGACGCUGUCCGGGGAGCGCCUCACCUCCGGCUUUGGCUACUCGCUGGCCGUGGCUGAUCUCAACAAUGAUGGCUGGACAGACCUGGUCGUGGGUGCCCCCUACUUCUUCGAGCGCCAGGAAGAACUGGGGGGUGCCGUGUAUGUGUACAUGAAUGAGGGGGGUCACUGGGCCGGGGUCGCCCCUCUCCGGCUCUGCGGCUCCCCUGACUCCAUGUUCGGGAUCAGCCUGGCAGUCCUGGGGGACCUCAAUCAAGACGGCUUCCCAGACCUUGCUGUGGGGGCCCCCUUCGAUGGGGACGGGAAGGUCUUUGUCUACCAUGGGAGCAGCCUGGGGGUUGUCCCCAAGCCUUCCCAGGUGCUGGAAGGCGAGGCCGUGGGCAUGAAGAGCUUUGGCUACUCGCUGUCGGGUGGCCUGGACGUGGACGGGAACCGCUACCCGGACCUGCUGGUGGGCUCCCUGGACGACACCGCUGUGCUCUUCAGGGCCAGGCCCGUCCUCCACGUCUCCCACGAGGUCUCCAUUCUUCCACGAGCCAUCGACCUGGAGCAGCCCAACUGUGCGAGUGGCCGCUUGGUCUGCAUGGACCUGAGGGUCUGUUUCAGCUAUAUCGCAUCGCCCGGCAGCUAUAGCCCUACUGUGGCCCUGGAUUACAUGUUAGAUGGGGACACAGACCGGAGGCUCCGGGGCCAGGUGCCCCGUGUGACCUUCCUGAGCCGUGGCCCCGAUGACCCCAAGCACCAGUCCUCAGGCACCGUGUGGCUGAAACACCAGCAUGACCGAGUCUGCGGAGACACCACGCUGCAGCUCCAGGAGAAUGUCAAAGACAAGCUUCGGGCCAUCGUUGUGACCCUGUCCUAUGGUCUCCAGACCCCUCGGCUCCGACGACAGGCUCCUGGUCAGGGGCUGCCCCCGGUGGCCCCCAUCCUCAAUGCCCACCAGCCCAGCACCCAGAGGACAGAGAUCCACUUCCUGAAGCAAGGCUGUGGUGAAGACAAGAUCUGCCAGAGCAAUCUGCAGCUGGUCCACGCCCGGUUCUGCGCCCGCGUCAGUGACACGGAGUUUCAGCCUCUGCCCAUGGAUGCGGAUGGGAUGACAGCCUUAUUUGCUCUGAGUGGGCAGCCAGUCAUUGGCCUGGAGCUGAAGGUCACCAAUCUACCCUCGGACCCAGCCCAGCCCCAGGCUGAUGGGGAUGACGCUCAUGAAGCCCAGCUCCUGGUCACCCUCCCCGCCGCACUGCACUACUCGGGAGUCCGGGGCCUGGACCCUGUGGAGAAGCCGCUGUGCCUGUCUGAUGAGAAUGCCUCCCAUGUCGAGUGUGAGCUGGGGAACCCCAUGAAGAGAGGCGCCCAGGUCGCCUUCUACCUCAUCCUCAGCACCUCGGGGAUCACCAUUGAAACCACGGAGCUGGAGGUGGAGCUGCUGCUGGCCACCAUCAGCGAGCAGGAGCUGCAUCCAGUCUUGGCCCGCGCCCGUGUCUUCAUCGAGCUGCCGCUGUCCAUCACGGGGGCGGCCGUUCCCCAGCAGCUCUUCUUCUCCGGCGUGGUGCGGGGCGAGAGCGCGAUGCGGUCCGAGCGGGACGUGGGCAGCAAGGUCAAGUACGAGGUCACGGUUUCCAACCAAGGCCAGUCGCUCAACACCCUGGGCUCGGCCUUCCUCAACGUCAUGUGGCCGCACGAGGUUGCCAACGGGAAGUGGCUGCUGUACCCCAUGCGGGUGGAGCUGGAGGGCGGGCAGGGGCCCGGGCAGAGGGGGCUCUGCUCCCCCAGGCCCAACAUCCUCCAACUGGAUGUGGACAGCAGGGACAGGAGGAGGCGGGAGCUGGGGCCGCCAGAGUCGCAGCAGCCUCGAGAGCAGCCGGAGCCCAGCACGUCCUGGUGGCCUGUGUCCUCCGCCGAGAAGAAGAAGAACUUCACUCUGGACUGCGCCCGGGGCACCGCCAACUGCGUGGUGUUCAGCUGCCCUCUCUACAGCUUUGACCGCGCGGCCGUGCUGCACGUCUGGGGCCGCCUCUGGAACAGCACCUUCCUGGAGGAGUACUCCGCUGUGAAGUCCCUGGAAGUGAUUGUUCGAGCCAACAUCACCGUGAAGUCCUCCAUCAAGAACUUGCUGCUCAGAGACGCUUCCACGGUGAUCCCGGUGAUGGUGUACCUGGAUCCCGCAGCUGUGCUGGCCGAAGGCGUCCCCUGGUGGGUCAUCCUCUUGGCUGUACUAGCCGGGCUGCUGGUGUUGGCGCUGCUGGUGCUGCUCAUGUGGAAGAUGGGAUUCUUCAAGCGAGCGCGGUACCCCGAAGCCACCGUACCCCAGUACCAUGCGGUGAAGAUCCCGCGGGAAGACCGGCAGCAGUUCAAGGAGGAGAAGACGGGCACCAUCCUGAGGAACAACUGGGGCAGCCCCCGGCGGGAGGGCCCGGACGCCCACCCCAUCCUGGCUGGGGAUGGGCACCCGGAGCUGGGCUCUGAGGGGCACCCGGUGCCAGGCACAGCCUAGCCUUCUCCACCCUGGCCCGGCCUAUGGGCCCCUUGCACCCCUUCCCCAGUGCUCCUGGGGAUGACAAGGGUAGGCUGGGUUGCUGGUGUCCCAUCCAGAUUUGGCAGGAUCUCUUUCCUCUGGGGCACAGAUCUCUGCCUGCCGUGAGGACCAGCUUCCCAGCCAAACUUCCCCUUAUGAUGCUGUGAGAUGAGAGGGGUAAAUCAGGGAAGGGUGGUGGGGAGGGUGAGAAGGGCAGCGGUGUCCUGAUUCAAAAGUGGGGAGAAGGGACCCUAGUCCCUCCCUCUCCCACUCAGUCUGUAUAAUGGGACCCCAAGGACCUGUCUCCCGAAAGUGCCUUAAGCCCAGAGGGUGGGGAGGAGGUUACGUUGCUGACUCAGGGGCUCUUCCCUCCCUAGCUUCCCCUCUUCUCUGACCUUAGUUUGCUGCAUCAAUGUAGUGGAUUUUGUCUAUUUAUUGAAAAAUAUUUGAGGACAAAACCUCUGUCUUUUUUGCUGAAUCCUGCUUCCUCAUGCACAGGGUCUCCAGAGAG